AUGUCCUCCAGAGCAGACCUCGCAGCCAAGAAGCGCCGCACGCGCAGCGACUACAUCUUCCACCAGGAAUACCGAACACGAUGGUUCGACAACGACAUGUACGCCCACCUCAACAAUACCGUCUACGCCAUGCUCUUUGACUCCAUCGUGAACAGCUGGCUGAUCGCCGAAUGCGGCAUGGACCCCUUUGGCAAGCAGAACAGCAACGCCUCGAAGCAGGUCGGGAUCAUGGUCAACUCGUACUGCGACUACUUCUCGUCCGUCUCGUACCCGGAUGUCCUGGACCUGGGGCUGCGGGUCGCGAAGCUGGGCUCGUCCAGCGUCACCUAUGAAGUUGGGGUGUUCAAGCAGGGCGAGGAGGAUGUGAAGGUGGUUGGGGGGUAUACGCACGUGUUUUGUGCGAGGGAGACGAUGCGGCCGACAAAGGCGGGGAUGGAGGAGAGGGUGAGACGGGGGCUGGAGAAGCUGAUUGUCAGGGAGGAACUGGGUUCGAAGCUGUGA